AUGAAAUCGUUUGUUUGCAUUGCCAUCGUAUUGGCCUGUUUGGCAGCCGCAAUCCGUGCCGAUGAAAAUCCUGUUCGUGAAGAAAGAUCAUCGGGUCAGAGUGGAGUCACCGGAACUACUUUCAAUGGUGCUGGCGUGGUGCCCAAAUACAAUGUUCGUGAGGAAAGAUCAUCGGGUAAUACCGCACCUGUUGGUAACACUUACAACGCGGGUGUUGCUCCCACCUACAAUGUUCGUGAAGAGAGGUCAUCUGGUGGUACUCCCGUAGUUACAGCAUACAAUGGUGCCAAUACUCAUGGAACAGCAUUCAAUGGAGCAUCAACAUCCACCUAUAAUGUACGUGAUGAAAGAUCUACUACUGGCACCAAUUCGGGUGUUUCCACGUUCAGUGCUCCUGUGGCCCCAACCUACAAUGUUCGCGAAGAAAGAUCAAGCGGUGGCAAUGUUGGUGGCAGCCUUUUGGGGGGUACUCAAGGAUUGAACUUGGCCGGUCAUUUGGCACCCACCUAUAAUGUUCGUGAGGAAAGAUCUCCAACUGGUAACUUCGGUUACAAUCUACCACUUGUUCCCCUCUACAAUGUUAGACAAGAACGGUCUUAUGGUGCUGGUCCUUCAUCAUCUUCGUAUGGUGCCGCCGCUGCUGCUGCCGGUGCUGCUGCAUACAAUGCUCCUGCUGCACCUCAAUAUAGUGCCCCAGCUGCUCCACCAGCACCUGCUCCAGUCACCAUUCCAGCACCACCAUGCCCCAAAAACUAUUUAUUCAGCUGCCAACCAAGUUUGACUCCAGCUCCGUGUUCCCAAGCCGCUGCCUAUGGUAAUGCUGGUUCGUAUUCCCACAAUUAUCCUGUAUAUGCCGCACCCCAAUACAAUUUCCGUCCAUAUUAUUAG